AUGGCAAGGACUACAGGACUUCCGUAUUUGCACUGUCGAUUUUGUGGCACACGUUUCAAAAAAGCUGAAAUCAGUGAACAUGAAUUAGUUUGCUUGGAGAAAAGUGAAGAACAGCUUAAUGAAAACCCGAAGACUCAGCAUGAUCAUAAGAUUAACAAAAAGACUCUAAAAGGUAGUAGAAAGAAAACAGGUCCUGCUACUGGAAAUAAAACUAAUAAAGUGACGCAGAAAGACAGGGCUGCAGACAGUCCAUCCCCAUCAACAUCUGAAAUGAAACCAUCAGUACAACAAAGGAAAACAUCAAAAACACAACCUACCAGAAGCAAAACUGAGUCUAAUAAAGGAAGGGUUGGAAAGGGACAGCAAAAAUUAGAUAAUAGAGGAAGAUCUUCUAAAAAUAACAAUAGUGCUUCAGUGAACCCAUCAUCAUCCACUUCAGAAGAGCAACCACUUUCCCAAGGGCCAAAAAAAGAUUUAUCGGGAGAAAAAGAAGCUUUAAAAGAAGUAGCCUAUCCCAAAGUAUCUGCGGAAAUGAUGCGUGAAGCUGAGAAUUCUAACAGAGAAUCGAUUUCUAGUCAAGAUUCCUUGCCUGUUAAUGCAGUGGUUAAAAACGACCCAAAGCAAGCAUGGAAUGCUAACGCACCUCGAAAGAUGGGCGGGAAACCAGACAAUCCUUUCCCGCCUGUAAAAAAAUACAGACACUAUCCUGUGUCUUGUGAGUUCUGCAACAAGAAAUUCCAACCUGGACCUCUUCGCAAGCACAUUCAGAAGUAUCAUCCCGAUGAGCAUCUACCACCAGAGAUGCGAGGCAGAGACCAGGGAAGGAUCCGUCCUCCUGAUCCCCGAGAAGAGAGGGAGAAGAGAAAAAGGCCCGCUAGUGGUCCCCCCAGGCAGAUGAAGAUCUGCUACAUUUGUGGCAGGAUGUUCGGUAGUAAGUCUAUCCACAUUCAUGAACCUAAAUGCCUGGAAAAGUGGAGAAUAGAAAAUGAAAAAUUGCCCAAGAGCAAAAGAAUGCCAGAGCCUGUGAAACCGGAGGCUAUGCCAGGGACGUCUGAAGAGGAAUCUCUUCCUGGCUCGAAACAAGAUCCACAACGAAACUUACCGGAGCUGGAUGCAGAGGCUGAGGCUGCUUACCGUUGUCACCUAAAGAAUCUUGUGCCCUGUAGCCACUGCGGUCGAACCUUCAACCCGGACCGAGUGAUGGUGCACGAGAACGCCUGCAUUGAGAGGCCCAGAAAGCGAAAGAGGAGAGUGCGCAAGUGAAGAUGAUUCGACUUUAAAUCAGGAUAAUCUUCUUCUUUAACAAGUCAAGAUAAUUCUCUUAUUCAAGAAAUCUGAAUUUAUA